AUGAGCGGCGAUGUCAUGCAGGAGAGCGGCGAGAAUGGCAAGGAGAGCGCGAGCGGAGUGACAGAGCAGGGGGAGAUGGAGAUUGAGGAAAUCUGCCUAAAAGACAAAAUAAUUGAUUCGUGGGCGCCGCUGGAGCUAAAGAAGAAACUCUUGGGUAAGGAAUACUCCUUGGACGAAGUUAUGGAAGCGUGCCAGGUCGAGGAACAAAUAAGCAAACAAUCUGAAGCCAUGCUGACGAAACCCAUCACUAGCGAUUCAAUCAAUAAAAUUACUGCUCGGAAAAUAAGGCCAAAUCUAGAGUGUUCGAGAUGUGGUCGAAUGGGGCAUGCAAAUAGCGAUUUCUCCUUUCCGGCCCGAGCAGCUAAAUGUAACAAAUGUUCCAAGAUAGGUCAUUUUGCACGACAAUGCAGAACAACACAAUAUGCUCAGCCGAAACACGAAAAUAGGAAGCGCCGCCGAAAUGAUAUUCGUUGUGUGGAAGAUGAGAGCGCUGAUCCCAAACGGAAGAAGGAAUGUGCGAAUUGUUUUAAGAUCUACAGCGACGAAGAAGAAGAACUCAUAAACUGCCAAAUAGGGGGUCACAACAUUGCUCUCAUUAUUGACUCUGGAUCGAAAUUUAACCUUAUUAGUCAAUCAGAUUGGGCAAGGAUUAACAAGGAACCUACAGCAAUCUUCAACAUUAGAUCACAUUCUCAGAAACAAUUUCGAGGAUAUGCUUCUGAACAAUUACUUGAAGUAAUUUACGUUUUUGAAGCGCCGAUAUCAGCUGUGCCGAAUGUCGAGGUGAUUGCAACAUUUUUCGUAAUUAAAAAUGGACGGCAGUCGCUACUGGGCCGAGAGACCGCCAUUAAGCUGAACGUUCUUCGGCUAGGUCUAGAUGUCAAUCGAGUGGAAAUGACCACGCCAUUCCCUAAAUGGAAAGGGGUUAAAAUAAAGCUAUGGAUUGACCCCAAAGUCAUUCCAAUUCAGCAGCCAGUUCGAAGAAUCCCGGUGGCACUCGAGGAAAAAGUUGCCGCUAAGCUGGAAGAGAGUUUAAGUCGGGACAUCAUCGAAUCAGUUACAGGUCCGAGCUCGUGGAUAUCCCCCAUUGUCCUGGCUUUUAAGGAAAACGGCGAUAUUCGGCUGUGCAUUGACAUGCGUCGUGCGAAUAAGGCCAUUCGACGAGAAAAUUAUCCACUACCGACCUUUGAGUCUUUUAUGCCCAAGCUAAAGGACGCAAAAUACUUUUCGCGCUUAGACCUAAAAGACGCUUAUCACCAGCUGGAACUGGACGAAGCCAGCAGAGAAAUUACGACGUUCAUAACACCAAAAGGACUCUUUCGGUACAAGCGGCUGAUGUUCGGAAUUAACUCUGCUCCAGAAAUUUUCCAACGUCACCUCGAGCAGCUAUUAGCACCCUUUACUAAUGUCAUGAAUUAUAUUGACGAUGUAAUAAUCUUUGGAGCUAGCGAAGAAGAACAUGACAAGACUGUAAGAGAGGUUUGUAACACAUUUAAAGAAAGCGGCGUUUUACUAAACGAUCAGAAGUGCAUCUGGAAAACAAACAAACUCAAGUUCCUUGGUCAUAUUAUUUCUGACGAGGGAAUCGAAGUGGACCCGGAUAAAAUUAAUGUGAUUAGAAUGUUUCGUGAACCACUUAACAAGGAAGAGACUCGGAGUUUCCUAGGUUUGGUGACAUACGUGGGAAAAUUUAUCCCAGACCUGGCAGAUUACACGGAUCCGCUGAGAAAAUUACUGAGGAAGGACUCGAAAUUCAGCUGGGGCGAAACAGAAAGAGAUGCUUUUCGGAACUUAAAGGAUCGACUGGAAAAAGUACCAAACCUUGCAUACUUCAACCCGCUAAAUCGAACUCGCCUAAUAGCAGAUGCCAGUCCUGUAGCACUGGGAGCGGUGCUGUUGCAGUUCUCUGUAAAUGCGGACCCCUUAAUUAUUUCAUUCGCUAGUAAAGCUUUGUCGGACGUUGAGAGACGUUAUUCUCAAACGGAGAAAGAAAGUCUGGCUCUAGUCUGGGCUGUUGAGAAAUUUUACUUUUACUUAGCAGGACUUCAUUUCGAGCUAGUGACAGAUCACAAACCGUUGGAGGCCAUUUUUAAACCGACAUCGAGACCUCCUGCGCGCAUAGAAAGAUGGUUGCUACGGCUACAGUCCUUUGAUUUUAAAGUAGUCUACAAAGCGGGAAAAGAGAACAUCUCCGACGCUCUAUCCCGACUUUGUCCGUUAUCAGCAUCCGACUCUGGUGAAAAAGAAAUGGAUUGCAGCAUAUUACAAGUGAUCGAGAACAGUAUUCCCCAAUCAAUGACUAUCUCGGAAAUUGCAAAGCAUUCGGUAAAGGACGAAGAAAUUAUCGAUGCAAAGGCCUGUCUGGAGUGCGACUCAUGGAAACCAGGAUCCCUAAAACUGCUGUACCCAUUUCGAUUUGAGUUAUCAGCAAUAGGACCCCUUCUUUUGCGAGAGAACUAUGUCAAACGCUGCAGAGAUUGUCUUCUGGUCUCCCAAUGCCCUAGGCCAGCACCAAUGGAUAGGAACCCAUUUCCAACAGGUCCAUGGAUUUGGGUAGCAUCAGACAUAUUGGGGCCCCUACCAAACAACGAGUUUGUUAUAGUGUUUAUUGACUACUAUUCCCGCUAUAUGGAGUUCAAAUUUUUACGUUCAAUUUCCACAAAAAGCUUAAUUGAAGUAAUGAAGGAAAUAUUCUGUAGAUUAGGCUACCCAAAAUACUUAAAAACUGACAAUGGACGGCAGUAUAUAAGUCAAGAACUCGAGGAAUACUGCAAAACUUGCGGUAUAGAACAGGUGAAGACUCCACCCUAUUGGCCCCAGGCUAAUGGGGAAGUGGAAAACAUGAAUCGGUCUUUGGUCAAACGGUUAAAGAUAGCACACUCUAAUUCAAAGAAUUACAGGGAAGAAAUCCAGAAAUUUGUACUCAUGCACAACGUUACUCCACAUGGCACAACAGGAGUAGCCCCCACCCAACUGAUGUUUAAUAGGGUUAUCCGCGACAAGGUUCCAUGUAUAGGUGAUAUUGAUGAAGAGGUUUCAGACUCGGCCGAAAGGGACAGGGAUUGUAUGUUAAAGGAAAAAGGAAAGGAAGAGGCAGAUAAGAAGAGGGGAGCACGGGAAGCCGUGAUAAACGUAGGGGAUAAAGUACUCUUGAAAAAUGUAGUGUUUCCUAGUAAGUUGACUCCGAAUUUUAAGGAUACGGAAUUCGAGGUUGUUGAAAAAGACAGAAACAUAGCUAAAAUUAGGGCAGGGGGUAGGACUCUCACGAGGAAUGUAUCGCACCUCAAGAAAAUACCAAUCAACGGAAGUCACCUGGAUACAUCUGGACCCUCAUCGUUAAGCAGCCCUCAACCGAAGAUGACAUCUACUCAGGAUCACCAAGACGUCGAAGAAGGAAUAGGUCAUCGGCUUAGACAGUCCCCAGAAGAUUUGGCUCCUUUGGCUGCCCCAUCCUUGAAGCUAAAACUUGUCAAUAAAGGAGGGAUGUGGGAGCCGGCAAUGAGCGGCGAUGUCAUGCAGGAGAGCGGCGAGAAUGGAAAGGAGAGCGCGAGCGGAGUGACAGAGCAGGGGGAGAGUUAG